GGGGUCACCUGGCGGCUGCGGCGCGGCCAUGGCGGCUCCAGGUGCGCGCGGGGACUCCAGGUGCGAACUCACCUGGCGCCUCCUGGGGCUGCUGUACCUGGGCGGUGUGCUGAGUGCAGGUGAGCCCGAGGAGGGCCAGGUGCGCCUGGCCGGGGGCCCGCACAGGUGCGCGGGGCGCGUCGAGGUGUUCCACGCGGGCAGGUGGGGCACGGUGUGCGACGACGCCUGGGACCUGGCGGACGCGCAGGUGAGCUGCCGCCAGGUGCGCUGCGGCCCCGCCCUGUGGGCGCCAGGUGCGGCGCAGUUCGGGCGCGGCUCAGGUGUGAUCUGGCUGGACGAGACGCGCUGCAGCGGCAGCGAGGCGCACCUGGCCGACUGCCCCGCCCGCACCUGGGGCCGCAACAACUGCUACCACGGGGAGGACGCGGGGGCCGUGUGCGCAGGUGUUCCAGACUCGCUGCAGCCGGAGCCGCCUCACCUGCGCUUGGCCGGGGGCGGGCACCGCUGCCAGGGAAGGGUGGAGCUGCUGCACCUGGACAGGUGGGCCGGGGUCUGCGGGCGCACCUGGGGCCAGCGCGAGGCUCAGGUGGUCUGCAGGUACCUGGGCUGUGGGACCCCCGUGGCUGCCCCACCUGGGGACGCACCUGGGGACACACCUGGGGACGCACCUGGGGGCGCACCUGGGGGCGCACCUGGGGACGCACCUGGGGACGCACCUGGGCAGGUGUGGCUGGAGCAGGUGAGCUGUGAAGGCACCGAGAGAAACCUGAGCCAGUGCAAGGCGGGGCCCUGGCAGGAGCACACCUGUGCCCAGGGGGGCGUGGCCAACGUGACGUGCUCAGGCGCGGCGCUGGCCACGCCCCCCCAGGUGCGCCUGGCGGACGGGCCGCACAGGUGCGCCGGCCGCGUGGAGGUGUCUCACCUGGGCAGGUGGGGCACGGUGUGCGACGACACCUGGGGCUUCGCGGCGGCCGCGGUGGUGUGCAGGUACCUGGGCUGCGGCCAGGUGAUCGCGGCCCCGCCCCGCGCGCGCUUCGGGCCCGGCAGCGGCCCCGUGUGGCUGGACGGGCUCACCUGCACAGGUGAGGAGGGCGCGCUGUCCGAGUGCCGCCACAAGGGGUGGGGCGUGCACACCUGCGAGCACAGCGAGGACGCCGGAGUGGUGUGCGCAGGUUCGGGCCUGGCUGACCUAACUCACCUGCGCCUGGCCGAGGGCCCGCACAGGUGUGCCGGGCGUGUCCAGGUGCAGCACGAGGGGCGCUGGGGGGGGGUCUGCGGCCUCACCUGGGCCCUGCCCGCCGCUGACGUCACCUGCCGCUACCUGGGCUGCGGCCCCGCCCUCCGGGCCGGCCAGGUGAGCGUGGGGACGGAGGAGCUCACCUGGGUGGAGUCGCUCAGGUGUAACGGCAGCGAGGGGAACCUGCUGGAGUGCCAGGUGAAGGUGUGGGGCGCCCCCCACUGCCCCCACGCCACCGUCACCUGCGCGCAGCCAGGUGAAGCCCUGCCCCCCUCGAAUGCGACCCUGGCACCCUCAGGUGCGGCCACGCCACACCCAGGUGAGGCCCUGACACCCCCAGGUGUGUCACCAGGCGAAGCCACGCCACACACAGGUGAGCCCGAGGAGGGCCAGGUGCGCCUGGCCGGGGGCCCGCACAGGUGCGCGGGGCGCGUCGAGGUGUUCCACGCGGGCAGGUGGGGCACGGUGUGCGACGACGCCUGGGACCUGGCGGACGCGCAGGUGAGCUGCCGCCAGGUGCGCUGCGGCCCCGCCCUGUGGGCGCCAGGUGCGGCGCGCUUCGGGGAGGGGGCGGGGCCGAUCUGGCUGGACGGGCUCAGGUGCGCGGGAACCGAGGCUCACCUGGCCGAGUGCCCCGCCCGGCCCUGGGGGCAGCACACCUGUAACCACGUGGAGGACGCCAGCGCCAUCUGCGCAGACUCGGGGCUGUCGGGGGCGCCCCAGGUGCGUCUCUCAGGUGCGCCCGACAGGUGCGCGGGGCGCGUGGAGGUGCUGCACGAGCACCUGUGGGGCACCGUGUGCGACGACACCUGGGGGCUGCGGCAGGCGCAGGUGGUGUGCGCUCACCUGGGCUGCGGCCGCGCCCUGGAGGCGCCAGGUGCGGCCAGGUACGGGCGGGGCUCGGGGCCCAUCUGGCUCGAUGACGUCACCUGCAGGGGGGACGAGCCCGACCUGUUCAGGUGCGACCACCGCACCUGGGGGGACCACAACUGCCACCACGGGGAGGACGCAGGUGUGGUGUGUGCAGGUAACUCCAGCUCAGGUGAGGUGCGGCUGGUGGCUGGGCCGCACCUGUGCGCAGGUAGGGUGGAGGUGCUGCACGAGGGGCGCUGGGGGACGGUGUGUGAGCGCGGCUGGGACCUGAGAGACGCACAGGUAGUGUGCCGCCAGGUGGGCUGCGGCCGGGCGCUGGAGGCUCCGGGCAGGGCGUGGUUCGGGCGGGGCUCAGGACAGGUGUGGCUGAGCGACCUCACCUGUGCAGGCAGCGAGCAGCACCUGGGGCAGUGCCCCGGCCCCACCUGGGGCAGCAACACCUGCGGGCACAGCGAGGACGCGGGGGUCGUGUGCGCAGCCCAUCCCUUCUCACCCUCACCUGCCCACCCCUCACCUGCCCACCCCUCACCUGUCCCACCGGAGCCCUCGGAGCCCUUCCAGGUGCGCCUGGUGGACGGGCCGCACAGGUGCGCCGGCCGCGUGGAGGUGUCGCACCUGGGCAGGUGGGGCACGGUGUGCGACGACACCUGGGACCUGAGCGCCGCCCGCGUCACCUGCCGGCACCUGGGCUGCGGCCCCGCCCUGAGCGCACCUGGGCGCGCGCGCUUCGGGCGCGGCCGCGGCCCCGUCUGGCUGGACCAGGUGCGCUGCUCAGGUGAGGAGCUCACCUUGGACAGGUGCGAGCGGCAGGGCUGGGGAGAGCACGACUGCGACCACGGGGAGGACGCGGGCGUGGUGUGUGCAGGUGCCGACCCCCCCCAGGUGCGGCUGCGGGACGGCCCCGGGCCCUGCGCGGGGCAGGUGCAGGUGCAGCUGAACCACACCUGGCUGCAGGUGUGCGGCCUCACCUGGGGGCUGCCCGAGGCGCAGGUGCUGUGCAGGCAGCUGGGCUGCGGCCCUGCCCUCAGCGCACCUGUGGGGCCGCACCUGCCGGGGCAGCCGCACCUGGCCGGGCUCACCUGCGACGGCUCCGAGUCGCAGCUCCCAGAGUGCUUCGGGGAGUGGGCGGGGCCCAGCACCUGCACAGGUGGGGUCGCCCAGGUGCGCUGCGCCAUGCCCAAAGGUGUGGCCCCCCCUUGCACCUACCUGGUGGCGCUGCUGGUGCUGAUGAUGUCACUGAGCGGGGCUCUGCUCUGGCUCACCUUGCGGGCCAGGUGUGUCCCAGCUCACCUGGGCACCCCGAGGGCCCCCAGCUCCAUUUACCUGCCCAGGAGAGCCUCACCUGGUGAGACUCAGGUGCUGCAGCUGAAGGACGACGCCCCCUGAGCUCACCUGGAACUCACCUGGUGGAGCGAGCCUGGAACUCACCUGGAAUCCUCACCUGGUGGAACUCACCUGGAAUCUCUUACCUGGAACUCACCUGGUGGAGCUCACCUGGAAUCUCUCACCUGCACUCACCUGGAAUCCUCACCUGGUCUAACUCACCUGGGGCCCCUCAUGUCUCACCUGGCUGCUUUCAUCUGGAAUUGCCCACCUGGAAUUUCUCACCUGAACCUCACCUGGCCCGUCUCACCUGGCCCCUCUCACCUGAACCUCACCUGGAAUCCUCACCUGAACCUCACCUGGCCACUCUCACCUGGAACUCACCUGGAAUUGUUCACCUGGCUGCUCUCACCUGAAAUCCUCAUCUGGAACUCUCCUGGCUCCUGCCCCGCCCCCUCCUUGGCAGCACUGAGGGCUCAGGUGUCUUCACACACCUGGGCAGGUGAAUAAAUUAAAAAUGGCGUCUGGA